AUGGCCAAGACAUCCGCUGUCGCUCAACAGGUUCUCGAUCUUUUCCAGCAUGUCCAUGGCAACAAGGGCUUUGGCGUUCCUGGCAUCAAUGAUCCGGUCAAUGAACCAACUGUGGUUCCCAUCACGAAGUACAACAACCCGGCGCCUAACGGGUACCAGAAGGCACCGAAGUUACAGUCCAAGGGGGCUAUCGCAGCCUGGAACGAGAUGAGGAAAGAUCCCGAUGCCUUCGCCGUCAACUGCGUCAAGCAUAAAGCAGUGCCCCGACAAGAUCCUUCGGAUAUGAACCCCAUCUAUUUUCCUGCUGAACCUCGCUCUCCCGCGAUAAUCCGGAUUGGAGCGCUAGCCGGCGUCUGGCAGGAGGACUUGGACUUGGAUAAACGCAAAACAUCAUCUAAGCCGCCAACGCGACCGGGUAACAAGGGCCAGAGAAGGGCCAGCGAAUGGCACGGUGAACUACUCAAGCAAGACGAAGCUCGCAAGAAAGGUCAACCGGCAUAUUACACUGUUACUAUUAACAAGGCGUUUUCUCUGCAGUUCAGCUGGAAAGAUGCGAAAGGAAAGAUCGCCGAAUUCGAAGCCAAGUUCAGACACGAUUUAUACUGGGGGAACGCAAUGAAGUCUUCCAACCGCGACCUUACUAUCGCUACGGGUCGCUCCAUGCUACGAAAGUUCGCUGCGGCUAAGGCAAAGGGCUCAGCCUUCCGGCUCGGUGGCGUACAUCUGCUCAGGGGCCUUAUGGCGAAGCUGCUGAUCCGGGAUGUCGACGAUGCCACAAUCGCGAAGAUUGAGGCAUAUGGAGCGAUGUGCGCGCAGAGAAUGGCCGCUCCUUGA